CUUUUGACAUUUCUCAACUUCCUCUGAAAUUUCGCUAUACUUUAGAGUUUUCUAGACUGAAAUCUCAAUAUAUUAUUUAAAUGAUGAUUUCUGUUCGUUCUUGAAAGUGGAAGGUGAUCCCAUGACUAGAUUACGGAAUUACCGACCGUUGGAAGUUACCACGAUCUGACUGUAGUAAAAAUUGUCACUAAGCAGAAAAUGCCAACAACUAAAACUCUUCAGUUAUCUAAAUAUGUCCGCAUGGUGCUAGAGAAUGAGCUGAAACUAACAUGUAAGGAGUUUGACGAAGAAGACAUUAAGGCAUUACUGAAGAAGAGCAAUAGGGAAUGUACACCAAGGGAGACAAUCCAAGGAUAUCCUUCCUAUCCUCUGUACAGAGAGAUUGGUAACAUGUUGCAGCAAUGGAUGGAAAAGAGAUAUUGUCCAGCCCUGGAUCUCCCAAAGUAUGAUCUACUGGAUGAGAAGUCAUACGCUGAAUCAAGGGAGGCAAACUUCAAGUCCAUCACGCCACUUCUGGACGGCCUUCAGACUUUGUGGGAAGAUUGGAAUGACGAAGAAAUAGCUUACAGGGUCAAGGAAAUAAUGAUUAUUUUGGGCAAAAGAGGGAUGUUAGAUUUACUGGGUGUGAGGAAGACAGUGGGAACUCAAGAACUGUGGCCAGUGGAUAGAGAGCUGAUGGUGAAAUCCUUUACAGAGAGGCACAGUCCAAAUGCUGAGAUCAGUGUUGGAGCCCGGGCAUUGUCCAAACACUACCACCGAGACAGCUCAACCUCCUGGUGGGGAGGGUGCACCGGAACUGAAAAACAGAAGAAUGACUAUGCACUGUCAAUUAUGAAUAAGAUUUUAGACGGUGCAACAUGGAUUAAUAUCCACUGGUUACCGCAUGAUGUUUAUAUCUUAGAAGUCAGACAAGAGGAAGGUUAUGGUGCUAGAUGGACUGCAGAUGGCUCCAGCUUCAGAGGUUUCUUGGAGCCACAAAUGGUUGACGGGCACUCUGUUGGCUGGAAACACUGAAAAACUUAUCAGGAGGUGACAGGCUGAAACCUGAGGUCUUAAACACUAAAACCAAUGGACCAUGAACACUGAAACCAAUGGAUCAUGAACACUGAAACCAAUGGACCAUGAACACUGAAACCAAUGGACCACGAACACUGAAACCAGUUGACCAGAAAGACAAAAAUGUUCAAAAAACAAGUCAUUAGCAGAAAUCUGAUGAGUGUUUUCAUUUCAGUGGUUCAGGCUAUCUUUGAUAGAUUCAUAAGAAAGUUUAAUAAAAUCAGUAGACAUAGUGCAGUAUUAACUUUGUCACAAUGCUGUUAACCUUUUUUAACAGAAUUAAGAAUUUUCUUAAGCCAAAAUAUGCUUCAGAUAGAUUGUUGAUUUUUAUUAUGUAGUUAUUUAAAUUGUUGGCAUUGUAUUUUUCUCUGAAUCUUGCUAUCUUUUUUUUGUUGUAUGUUUAUUGUUUGAUAAGCUUGAUAUGAUUGCAUAGUUUUAUUUUAAAUUAUAAUGUUGUUAUUAAAUCACAUGAAUACUCAAAUGCUGUAUUUGAAUCCUUAGUUAUAUUUUUUGGUAAAAGAAUGGUAGAUCUUUACUUUCAGGAAAUUAUCUGUGGGGGAUCGGUCAUGUAUCUGGUGAGAUACUUUGGAGGUCUUCACUUUUAAAUCAUUUCAUACACAGAAAGUUUAUUCAAGGACGCCCCUGAACAAUAAUUAAAGGAGACUUCUAAGGCUUUAAAUAAUUAGCAGGAGACUUCUCAAUAACUUUAGGGGUUUCCCUCUCAGACAGCUAAGGGAAAUCCCUCAAGGAACUUUAUUGACUAAUCAGUUUGUGUAAUUGACGUUAAGGGAAUGUUUGCACUGUAGAUAGGCACAGGUCAACUAAAAAAAGGACACAAGAUAACAGAUUUUUUUCCCUUUCUAUUUUGUAUUGUGAUGUAUUGAUUGUACAUGAAGAAAAAACAUGAAGUGAUUUCUUGAUUUAUUUUUAAACAAGUGAAAAGCUGUCAAUGUGACAGCAAACUGGGUUUUUUUUAUGUGAACUGUAUCCAUAAUCCAUGUCAACCCAUAUCCAGUGAAAUGGUGUACCCUAUAUGCAAUAUUUUGCCAAAAAAUGACUAAGUUCAAAAGCUGGUAUUUUUUCAUAAAUUAUCAGAAAUCAAAAUCCUAGCAAUAUGAACACCUCUGAUAUAUGUACAAUUGAUCUGCAAAAGAACAACUUCCUAUCUUGAAAACUGUAGGGGAAGUUAUCCGUACAAUGAGGGUACCCUAUAUGCAAUAUUUUGCCAAAAAAUGACUAAGUUCAAAAGCUGGUAUUUUUUUCAUAAAUUAUUAGAAAUCAAAAUCCUAGCAAUAUGCACACCUCUGAUAUAUGUACAAUUGAUAUGCAAAAGAACAACUUCCUAUCUUGAAAACUGUAGGAGAAGUUAUCCGUGCAAUGAGGGUACCCUAUAUGCAAUAUUUUGCCAAAAAAUGACUAAGUUCAAAAGCUGGUAUUUUUUUUCAUAAAUUAUCGGAAAUCAAAAUCCUAGGAAAAUGCACAUCUCUGAUAUAUGUACAAUUAAUCUGCAAAAGAACAACUUCUUAUCUUGAAAACUGUAGGAGGAGUUAUCCGUACAAUGAGGGUACCCUAUAUGCAAUAUUUUGCCAAAAAAUGACUAAGUUCAAAAGCUGGUAUUUUUUUCAUAAAUUAUCAGAAAUCAAAAUCCUAGCAAUAUGCACACCUCUGAUAUAUGUACAAUUGAUCUGCAAAAGAACAACUUCCUAUCUUGAAAACUGUAGGAGGAGUUAUCCGUACAAUGAGGGUACCCUUUAGGCAGCCGCCCGCCCGCCAUUUUCACCAUUUUAAUAACCGGAUUUUUUCUUCGGAAAACCCGGUUAAAAAUUGUUUUAAAAAAAUUACAUUUGUAAGAUCAGGAUAUUUAGACUUGAAUAGCAAGAGUAUUUACUUUUUAAUUGUUAUUGUAAAUAAAGGGGGUAUUCUAGAUGGCAAAUUCUUAAUGGUAUUCCAAUGUCUGAUCCUACACAUAAAUCUUCCCUUGUUCCACUCCAACGGUCAAAGCCGAUUCUUUAAAAAAAAAAUUAAAUCAGAAACUACCAGGCUUCUCAAAUACUUCACAACAUGUCGGAAAUUUUUAUAACUAUAAACGCCAGAAUCAUGAAAACAGCAUGACAACUGUAAAAAUAUCUCAACACAUCUACAGCAUCAUCAACAUAUCUACAGCAUCAUCAACACAUCUACAGCAUCAUCAACAUAUCUACAGCAUCAUCAACACAUCUACAGCAUCAUCAACACAUAUACAGCAUCAUCAACACAUCUACAGCAUCAUCAACAUAUCUACAGCAUCAUCAACACAUCUACAGCAUCAUCAACAUAUCUACAGCAUCAUCAACACAUCUACAGCAUCAUCAACACAUAUACAGCAUCAUCAACACAUAUACAGCAUCAUCAACACAUCUACAGCAUCGUCAACACGGAAUAUCUACAGCAUCAUUAACACUGAAACUUGUCAGCCACACGACCCUCUUACAUGUUGCCAUGAAAUCAAUUAGGUACGCGAAACAAGUCUUACCUCUCCAAACCAUAUUCAUACGAUUCUAUCUAUUAGGUUUUGUCGCUGAAGUUAUUAAUAUAAAGGUAGUACCUAUGAUAUAAAGCUAAACUGCAUGUAAUAAUAGACAGGCAGUGUCGAUAAGGCUGCAGCGCAGAUUGCAAGUACUAGUUAAUGGAAUUUUAAUUCGGUCGCGAAAAUAGUCGCCGCGAACCGGUUCAUCUCAAGGAAGUCAUUGCGAAAAGAAGUUACAGCUUGAGAGUUGUUAUCCCUCAAAAUCAGGGUUAUUGAUUUUAAAUUAGUAUCUUGUAGCCAUGUCAUUCCUGGAAGUCACGAUAAUUUGUCUUAGCGUGCUACUCAUGACUAGCGCUGCAGUUUUAAAAGAAGAUGUUGUUUAUGAAAGUAGUUCGAAGAGGCCAUUGACGACGUUUAAGCGUUUGAUUGUAGACACACGAUACCUCGCUCUGCUUGGAACUGUUUAAUCAGACUCUUUCUUUGCCUAAGACUCUGAUUUUAAGGCUAAUUAAAAAUCAAAGACAAACAUUUGCUGGUUUAAAUUCCAUUAGAAAGACCAGACCCGCAGAAGAGGCAGUAAUGAUGCUGUUUUAUACGGCGUCCUUUGAUGUUUGUCGUCGAACAAUAUCGUCUGCUCAGAGCGGUUCUGAUUUUUAAUAUUCCGCUAUGUUAUUAAGUUUUGUUCCCCUGUUAUCAUAUUUCAAAUGAGUAAUUCGGUUAGAGAGACACCAAACUCCUAAACUGAAAGUUUGUAAAAAUGGUCAUUGAUACCAUCAGACCUUCAUAUUGGGUUUCACAAUUCUUCGUUACUCGGAAUACUCGUAUUGAUGAAUAAAAAAUGCAACAACUUAUACCUUUGUGUUUAUUUCACAUUAAAAUAUUUCAAUUUUUUGACAUACAAAGGCAGUCUGAAAAUAUAAAACAAAACAAUAUCGAAAUGACUUUCACAACAAAGGGAAGCGAAGUCAUGAACCAUAUAGAAGUGUCCAUUUUGCGAUGACACAUCAAUAAAUAGAGAAUUAUUACACUACUCUGUGUAAACAGAGAUCUAAAUUAAUAAGUACAAUGGCUAAGUACGGUGUAAGUACUUGAUUUGGGGGCUGUGUUUUGUUUGCUACACCCAAGUAACCCUUGUUUGUUCAUCUGUCUAUCCGUCUUCAGACGUUAAUCACGCCACAGGUAGCAUCUCGUGGAAUUGUUUUGAGAAUAUCAAAAUAAUAUACGUUUAAAACUGGAAAAAUUAUAUACCUAUAAAUUUGUAUAUACAUUCAGUCGAGUGACAAUUAUAAAUCUCCAUAUAAUGGUUCUGCCGAAAAUCACAAUGAGUUUUAGAAAAUCUUCUAUAUGUUAAUAAGGUGCAAGUUAUACACAAGUGUUUGAAGCUGUUGUAGUGUACACAUUAUCAAUACUAAAAUUAUAUCAAAAGCCGUGUUCAAAACUGAGUGUAAACUAUUAAUUAUUAUACUAGUACUCAAAGAACGUGUCCUUCAAUCAGAUACCACCUGACGCUGAAAAAGUAACACUUUUACUGGGUCAAAUACAGCGCCAUCUAGUUUCUGGAACAGUACAACUUUAAUUGGAGGUAUGGGAGAAUAACAGAAUUAAUGUAUCACUUACAGAAUACUUGGUUUUAAACAUUAUUUGUUUGAAAAGAUAUGUAUUUUGGAAACAUUUCAACUCUUACGGAAAGAAAUAAAAAUUCAUCCAAAAUAGUUUCACAUAUGGUACUGUCAAUAAGAGGCUUUCUAACCAGUUAACAAGAGCAAAUGAUGGACUGAUAAUCAAACAUAUGGCUGACCUUCAAAGAA